AUGGAUCAGUUGGCAGAUGAGCUUUUAGAAGAGCUAUCAUUGGAGGACCCCCUACAAGUUGCUUUGACCAAGGAUUCUUCAGAAGGAUAUGUGAGCUCAGAAACCGAGGAAUACUCGAAGCUCCUUGACACCUUCAGACCAGUUCCAAGCAUUCUGAGCAUUGAGGGGUUAGACAGGCCAAUUUGCGAAGUCAUGGCAGUGAGCUCGAUCAAGAGCGAUCGAGCCUCGAACAAACGAACUCGAUCGAGCUGGGGACUGAAUGCAAGGAG